CUAUCUCUCUUUUCGGCAUCUUCAUAUCUCAGUAUGCUGGGUUGUGAUGGGAAGCUGGGCUACUCAUGAAUCGGACGGGAGUCGGUUAUUUGCACCACCCAAGCUAUGGCAGUGGCAGCAGGGGGGAUCACAUGGUACCAUCGCAAGAAGUACCAUGACCAACUCUCUGUCCAGCACAUACGACCACAGGGUGUGGAAAAUAGGGCUUCCCGUCCGCUCAGCCGUACUCAAGCCACACGCCGGCCGGUUAGUAGUUGGCGGCUUCGUGAGAUCACAGACCCGACCUCCUCCCCGUCCGCGACGAAGGAGGAAAACCCCUACGACCACCUCCGGAUCACCGUGACGAGCGGCGGCUGCCAUGGGUUCCAAUAUAUGAUGUCCCUCGAAGCAGCGUCGAAGAUUGACCCCGAAGAAGAUACCGUCUUCGAAGCGGAGGACGCUCCUGCCGGACCCGGCGAGGCCAAAGUCGUCAUGGAUGAACCUUCGUUGGAGCUGCUUCACGGAAGUACGGUGGAUUACACGAUGGAGUUGAUUGGAAGUCAGUUCAAGAUCGUCGACAACCCGCGAGCUUCGAGUAAUUGUGGCUGCGGAACGAGUUUCGACGUCCUGGAGUAGGGAGGGGGGGCCCACGAUGAGAGCGGGUCGCUAAGGGUCUUGCGGAUCAUGGUUGUCGGACUUCCUCUGCUUUAAUUCUGAAAGGCAGUCGUGCUCUGUUUCGCCCAUGUAUCGUACUUGGG